AUGUCGUGGCUCACAAUCCCACGAGGCUCGCACUUCUCCCUCGCCAAUCUCCCAUUUGGCAUCAUCUCCACCAAAGCCAACCCAUCUCCUCGCCCAGCCGUCGCCAUCGGUGAUAAUGCCCUCGAUCUCUCACUUUUCGCCGAAAAGGGAGGCUUCGACAAGCUUCAGGGCUUCCCCAAAGAUAAAAUCUCCGUCUUUAGCGAGCCCACUCUCAACUCAUUCGCAGCACUCGGCAGGCCUGUGCAUCGAGCUGUCAGGCAGUAUCUGAGACAGGUCUUUGGAGCCAACACGCCUUUCCCCGAGGUCCUCAAGGACAAUGAGUCUCUAAAGCAGAACGCCAUAGUUGCGCUUUCUGAAGUUAAGAUGCACCUCCCUAUGGCAAUCGGCGAUUAUACCGACUUUUACGCUGGCCGGAAUCAUGCCUUCAAUGUCGGCGUCCUCUUUCGAGGUGCUGCCAACGCCUUGAACCCGAACUAUAAUCAUCUCCCUGUCGGAUAUCAUGGCAGAGCCAGCUCUGUGGUGGUCUCAGGAACGCCACUUCGUCGACCCUGGGGCCAAGUCCUGGCAGCUCCUGGAGACAAGACGCCAGUGUUCCGACCCUCUUCUCGGUUAGACAUUGAGCUGGAGCUCGGCAUGUUCAUCUGUCAGGGAAAUACCCUUGGAGAGCCUAUCCCGGUGAACGAGGCAGAGAAUUAUAUCUUUGGAUAUGUCCUCGUCAACGACUGGAGUGCUCGUGAUGUCCAAGCCUGGGAGUACGUGCCUCUUGGACCUUUCAACUCGAAGAACCUAGGAACCACCAUAAGCCCUUGGGUCGUCCUUGCAGAUGCGUUGGAUCCUUUCAAGUCAAAGGGCCUUCCCAACGACGUCGAAGUUUUGGAGUAUCUCCGCGAGAAGCGAGAGGAUAAUGUUGUUGAUAUUCACCUGGAAGUGACUCUCGAGACUCCCAAAGGCACUAAAGCAGUCAUUACUCGAACAUCAUCUACAAACCUCCUUUGGUCCUGGCCUCAGAUGAUUGCACACCACACCAUCACAGGGUGCAACCUGCGACCUGGUGACUUCCUCGCGUCCGGCACCAUAUCUGGUACUGAGGACGGCACUCAAGGCAGUUUUCUUGAGCAGACACGUGGAGGCAAGUCACCUCUACGAAUCGGCACAGAUGGUGAAGAACGCAAGUUCCUCGAGGAUGGUGAUACUGUCAUCAUUCGAGGGUGGUCAGGUACGAAUGAGGAUGAACUCAUUGGGUUUGGAGACUGCGCGGGACAGAUUCUGGAGGCUUUACCACCCAGGCAGUAA